GUUACUAGUAGUUCUCUGCUGCAUGUAACCGUUUUAUAUCAAUUUCCUUUCGUAAUAAUGUUCGAUUAUACAGCGCAUAAACGCCAUCAUCAACCAUGCUCGAAAACUUACCCAAAAUCAUAAAUUUUGCCAAUAUUUUAGCAGCAAGCGCAUGCACCAGAAGUGCUGCUCACCGCUUUCCCGGGCCCAAAACCGCUCGCGAUCAUCCUCACCGAAACGGUUUCUCUUCACCGAAACACCAGGGGACGGUAAGAGACGAUUAUACAACACACAAUGAUUCUCCCAAAAAAACACGGCCAGAAAGGCGGACAACCUCCGCGCUGGGUGUGGAAAAUGUCGGAUCCGCGCAUCGUAUAAAUGCUUAUGUACCUAUGUUCGUUAUCUGUAUUUAACUUCUCAACUCCCAACCAACCUUCCGGCGUUAUCCCUAGCACCGGUGGCCACCAGUAGUGGAAGACCGGUAUGUAUUUAUGUACUGUUUCCCUCCUACAUACAUACAUAGGAGCCGCUUGCCCUAUGUUUUCGUUAUUAAUUUUGCAAGCGUAUCAAAUUAUUCGAGCAUUCAAACGAUUAUAUCCUAUAAAAGCGAGCUCUCUGGACAGUGUUGAUGAAGGUGGUUUUGUUAUAGGGUAGCGGAAUACCGGUACAUAGUAUAUGAUAUCAUGCUGUAAUAAUCGCAAAAAGGAUCAUAAUCCUUGCGGCAAACAAUCUUGUAUUACGUCAUAUACGCUGUUUUCUCUGUCGCAAUAAACAAUGUUAGGCUCCGAUGACAGUGAAGGUUUGCUACAGGUUUUGUUUUUUGUUGAUGCUCAUUUUACAACUUAUUUGCAGGAUAUAAUUAUCACAAUAUUAAACAGUUUACUAAUACGUUCGAUCAAGCGUUUGAAACGUUUCGUGCGUGCAUUACUCGAAGUUUUCUUUGUUUCGUUAAUUCGCUAAACGUUCGUUUCCCUCUUUAGCUCCUCCCACUUUUUUCCCACAUACACACCAUUAUGCACCAUUUGCGCCAGAAAGGGAGAAGCGAUGGCGUUUCGUUCGUUAAGUUCUACCGGUACAUAAAACACAUAUAAAACGAGUUGCUUUUUUCUAAACAGCAUCAGUUUGCAGAAGUUUGUUCGUCGGUGCGUGUCGUCACAUUUGGCGUAGAAAAUUAUCACACUUUGAACGCAUAUGUUCGGAACACAGGUGGUGUGUGGAUGUGUAUUAUUUGUUGCAGUGCAUGUUCGUGCUUUCGUGAAUCACCACCAACAUCAUCCUCUCGACAAACAAUUGUGCCUCGCUACUAGAUGCGGUGUGCAGUGAGCGGGACUCUAAAACAGUGAAGUGUGUGUAACAACAGUCGGAUUACAUUUUGUGCCGAAUCGGAUAUAUAUUCAAGUGGAAAAUAUGCAAGGCUUUCGUAACUACAGCAUGGAUGCGCUGCAGCAUCGCGAAUCAAGCGUUGGAUUAGCUGUCGAUCUAAUGGCCCAUCAGUACAGCACGAAGGCGUCUCCUCCAUUAUCUCCACUAAGCGAUUGCAACAGUCCACCAUCGUCGGACCACGGAGGAAACAAUCAGCAGCCGCCCCUAGAUCCAUCUGUCCGGCGCUACCGGACCGCCUUUACACGAGAUCAGCUGGCCCGACUCGAGAAGGAGUUCUACAAGGAAAACUACGUCUCACGGCCUCGGCGUUGUGAACUGGCCGCUCAGCUUAACCUCCCCGAAUCCACCAUCAAGGUUUGGUUCCAGAAUCGCCGUAUGAAGGACAAACGGCAGCGGAUAGCGGUGGCCUGGCCGUAUGCAGCAGUCUAUUCGGAUCCGGCGUUCGCUGCCUCGAUCCUGCAGGCGGCAGCCAAUUCGGUCGGCAUGCCGUACGGUUAUCCGCCGGCUCCGAUGCUUACCCAGAUGCCCGUCAUCCCACCGCCGGUCAUGUCGGGUGCAAACAGCAUGUCAGCAAGUGCCCAUUCCUUCACCGCUUACGGAUAUCCACGGUACGCGCCCUAUCCGCUCCCGCAGCGCACAACCGCCACCACAAUGCCCGGCGCACCCGGAGCUGGACCGACGGCUCCCGGAGUGUAUCCAGCGGCGAACUCUAUGCUUGUCACCGGCAGUAUGCCACCGUCGCCCUACGCACCGCUCAGCAUGCCGAAGGCUCAAACACCUCCGCAGGACACCGUCGGCAGUGCACAGCAUCAUCUUCACCACCAAGGCCGUAGCCCCGUUGCUUCGCCUCAUUCGGCACUCUCGCUUAGUCCCGUGUCCGUUUCCAAGUUUGACACUUCCGCAUCGACCUCGAACUCGAGCAAUGCCAGCGUUAGCCCGGUUAAAUCGCUUAACGGCUCAACGAAGGGACUUUUGCUAGCUGCGGCCGCCGCAGCAGUCGUCAACCAGUCAGUUAGCCCCCAGACAACGUUACUGCCCGUAACACCGGAAAAACCAAAGCUAUUCAAGCCUUACAAAUCCGAAGUGUAAUCAAAAAGCUCGGAAGCGAAUCGAUCUUCCACGUGAUGAUGUGAUGAUGAUGAUUGUGUAGAAAGGACCGCGGGUUUGUGCGUUUGUAUCAAACGCAUAGAAUGACAUAUUGUACAACAUUAUGAAGCAUUUAGUUGAAGCCUAGGGAGUAGGGAGUGAA